UAUUUAUUACUCGAUGCAUUUCCGUGUUUGUGAGUGAGGGCUUUAUUUAACAAACCACCAAUCAGGUGAAGCAGCAUUGAUACCAACAAAGGUUUGAUACUUCGCGAGUUUAACCAAAUACACCGCCAUUCGUUUGACGAAAGGUAGCCGCUGAAGGCAAAUCUUCCGCACACCUGCAUAGGUAUCUGUCGAACCGGACAGAGGCGCUUCUGUCGCUUUAAGGAGGUGGUCGGGGGCGUGGCCUGCGCGAAGUGUGCACCUGUGUUUACGAGCUGCUCUCUCUGGUGCACUGGGGAAGAGACGAGUUCGCCCGCCGAACGCGCCUUCGAGCGAAGAGUUUAAAAUAUGACGAAAACGGAUUUGUAAUGAUUUGAAAACAAAGAUACAUUCAACAUGGUAAAUCUUGGUGUGUGCUGUGCCAGCCUGAAGGACAGCAAGGCCCUGAUGAAGAUGGGUUUGGGCCUGGUGCUGGUCGGGCACGUGAACUUCCUCCUGGGGGCGCUGGUGCACGGCGCGGUGCUGCGCCGGAUCAACCUGCACGUCCAGGCCCGCGCCAUGGAGUACGCCAUCUCCAACGUCAUCGCGCUGGUCGCCGGGCUGGUGGCGGUCAUCGCGGGAAUCUCUGCCAUCGUCCUGUCCAAGAAUAAGAGGAGUCUACCGGUGUUAUGGCUGCUGCUGGUGUUCAGCCUGCUGGCCGGUCUCCUAGCAACCGCUGCCACCGUGGGGUUGACCGUUUCCAUGGUGACUGCCAUCCUCCAAGGUGGGCGGAGUCUGCUGACCCACUGCAAGUUCCCCGAUGCCAUUGGCUACUCCAGCAUCACCAACGAGUGCCCCUUUGACCCCACCCGUAUCUAUGGCACCACCAUCAUCCUGUGGGUCCCUCUGAUUCUCAUGAGCGCGGUGGAGCUGGUGUUUUCCGGGCGCUGUUUCGCUGCGUGCCUGUCCUUCAUGUGCGGCCGAAACCCCUGCCGCCGUAGGAGGAUCGUCAACGCCCGCAGGGUGCGUAUGCAAAUUCCAGAGGAAAUGACAUCACCACCUCGGACCCCGGUGCGGGAUGUGGGACAGGAAGCUGUGCCGGGAGAGCAGCACGAGCUGCUGAACCGGGCCGCCCAGUCAGGCACAGAGUGGGCCUGAGUCUGGGCGUCUGAUUGGAUGGCACAUCCGGGUCGAAGGUGAAAUCUGGCGGCUGAUUGGACAGCACAUCCGGGUCAAAGGUGAAAGAUGCAUCCAAAAAUGCAUUCUUUCCAUUACUGGGGAAAAAAAAUUUUAAACGCCCCCCCCGAAGAUCUCUGGGAAUUUUGGUACGAAACCUAAACACAAGCAGUCAUGUAUUAAAGAGGGAGUUUGGUUCUGAACAUUGGUGGAAAUGGAUGCAUUUUCUUUUUUUAAAAAAAGGAAAAAAAAGAUCCAAGUACAAGAACAUUUACUGGUGUCUUAGUGGUUCUAAUAUUUCUGAGUAUCAGAUCCAGGUCUGCCUGCAUCAGUACUCCUCACGGUAGGAUGGGGGGACCCCAGCACCCUUCUGGGGGUACCUGAGGGUCACUCUGGUUUUGUCUUUUCCUUUCAAUCUUAGCUUUGUUUUCCCUGUUAAUAGUUAAGUCUCCUGUAAAAAUAAAGCCUUUUAAAGGAGGCACCUGCUGGCCCUACGGCAGAGCUUCAUAAAUCUGUGCCUCAUAGCGUGUAUGUGUCAUCCAUUCAUGUUUUUAAUACUCCAUAUCAGAAGAGUGUCCUGAUUGGCCACGAUAUGGUGAUGUCACAAUAUUGAUGGUGACAUACAAUCCACCCUAUGACCACUGAUAUAAAGUUUUUUAUGAAUGGUUAUGUAGAGCCUAUGAAAGCUCAACUUAACUUUUUUACUGGAGAACUCUCUGUAGACAGUCUUUUUAAAAAGUUUUUAUUUAAGUUUGAAUUUCGGUCACUGAGGUGUCUGAAACUCUAAAAAUGUCCAGGUCCAGGCAGGUACUGAGUUAGUCUGCUGGCACACCAUCAUUCCCCUGCUCACACACGCAGACCCACCGCCAGGCAACCAUUGCCAGGCAACCAUCGCCGAGCAACCAUCGCCAGGCAACCACCUGGGCAGCUCGGUGCAGCUCGGUGCAGCAGUCCUGCUCAACUGACACGCAGAAGGGUCAUAUAUGUGCGUGUGUGUGUGUGUGCUGGGUCCAUCGCUCAGGGACCACCAUCAUCUUCACACAAGCUAAACCCUAAACUUGUGAUAUUUCAAACUUUAAUGUCCUUGCAGUAACUUACCAGCUGAUUCUGACACAAGCAAAAAGUCCUGAAGUGUUUUUUUUUUCUUUUCUUUUGUGUGUUUUUUUUUCCUCUCCCACUGCCAGGAAAGCCUGUGGUUUUACUUAUCCGCAGAAACGCUGUAUUAGGGACGUUUUACACAGUAUGCUACCAUAUUUAUAUUUUCUAAAUAAAUCUCUCCCAUUAAUACUGAA